AUGGCGCCACCAUCUUUUCGUGAUCUUCUCGGCAUGCCCGCUUCCACGGCCUCGACUAGCGACUCUGCUCUUCUUGUCAUUGACGCUCAAAACGAAUAUGCAUCAGGUGCUCUUACCGUAACGAAUGCUACGGCAAGCGGAAAGGUUAUUGCCGACCUUCUCGACAAGUACCGCAAGGCCAACGGCAAGAUCGUCCACAUCCUACACCAAACACCGGAAGGUGCACCUGUUUUCACACCUGGCACCGACCUGGCAGAAGAAUUCAAGGAGGUCAAGGCACAGGACGGAGAAGAGAAGAUACGGAAGAACUUCCCCGGAUCAUUCGAGCAAACUUCCCUCCACGAGACGCUUCAGAAGAUGGGUGUCAAGAAGCUCGUACUGACUGGCUAUAUGGCACAUGUCUGUGUGUCUACCACUGCCCGUGAGGCCUUCCAGAAGGGAUACGAAGUCAUUCUUGUCGAGGAUGCUAUUGGCGACCGCGAUAUUCCCGGCGUUAAGGGUGAUGAGGUCACCAGAGUAGCGUUGGCAGAGCUGGCAGAUGUAUUUGGCACAGUCGUGAAGAGCUCCGACAUCAAGUAA